UUGAAGCCGGAAAUGGCAGUAUUAUUGCCGCUUGUGGAACACGCGCGAGCGAAAUUAGGUUACGAAGAAGGCAACAAAGUGCACAAAGUUAGGAAAUCAUUUAGUUUCGUAUUGACGUUUUCGUGAACGGAAACUACAACUUUUAACUCAGUCGGUCUGCGAUUAACGAUCGAACUAGAGGCCUAACGUUAGCUGUGUUUAGUUUCAGGUGUAUGUGUUUGUGUGUAUAGCACAUUCAUGCUAACGAUAUCCAGCUAGCAGACCGUAGCUAAUUGACCGCGGGUUACUUCACAGAUCAAAAUAUUAUCAACGCCUAUAGCUAAUUUGCACUGUAGAGGAAACCAUCUAUAUUUCAGUUCGUUUCCUUAGCAAUAAAAGAAACGUUAAGGUUGUCAUUAACUAGGUUCUGUUUUCGGGAAUGUCAUCGCCUCCAUGUGGUCGCGUGAGUCAUGAAGGAUCAACGAAUAUAUCGGACAACGAUUCAGACGACGAGCCUAAGCUCCCCCUCAACCAGUUCUAUCCAUACAUCCGAUGUGCCCUCUGCUGUGGAUUCCUCAUCGACGCUACCACAAUCACAGAGUGCCUUCACACAUUUUGUAAAAGUUGCAUUGUGAAGCACUUCUUCUACAGCAACAGGUGUCCCACAUGCAACAUUGUUGUCCAUCAGACUCAGCCCCUUUACAACAUCAGGCCUGACAGACAACUUCAGGACAUAGUUUACAAAAUGGUUCCCUUCUUGGAAGAGUUGGAACGUGACCAAAUGUGUAAUUUCUACAAAGAGAGAGGACUAGAGGUGCCAAAACAAGUGGUGGUUUCUUCUCCAGGCCCUCUUGUGUUAAAGAGGCAGAAGAAAGAUAACGCUCCUCAGUCUGUGUUCACCAUUCCCCCCGAGCUGGAUGUGUCUCUGCUGCUGGAGUUUGUAGGAGCUGAAGAAGGAAUUGAGGACUAUAAGCCAUUAGAGAGACGUUACAUUCGUGUGUCAAGUGAAGCCACCAUCCGUCAUGUGGAGCUCUUCAUCAGGAGAAAGAUGGAGCUUAGUUCCACUUGUCAGGUGGAUGUGGUUUGUGGAGACCAUCUUCUAGAUCACUACCAGUCGCUCAAAGAUGUGCAGAAUUCUGUGGGCCAAGAUGCAGUGCAGGAUGGUCUCCUGGUGCUGCAUUUUGGCUUGGUGUUGCCCUCCGAGUCUUGAGCACAGAGGGGGGAUAAAUAAUUCUCGAAGGAAUGGAUGUUUCUUCAGACUCUUGUGCAUUAUUUUUUUCUAUUGAAUUAUAGCUAUUCCACAGGUGUAGGAGGGAGUAGUCAAAACACUCUUGACAGUAUUUAGGUCAACUUGCGUGUCUGCUAGAAAUUUGCUAAAUGGUGGUGGCAUAUUUGAUUUAUAUAAUAUAAUUUGGGUGCCAGAAUUCAGACGUAAUAUGUAGUUGAUGGAUGUGAAUUACAGAUUCUUAUUUGUUCUACAAAGGUAUAAUUUUCAGUUUUGUCCCCCCACCCCAACCCAGGAAUGUGAUUCUGUUUUCCUGAAACUGGACUGUUUGUGGAUCUGACACUUCUUCUUUUACAGUGUCUGUGCAUCUGUUUACUUCAGCUUUUGGGAAUCGGGGAUCUUUAUAUGAAGGGGCGACCGAUUCCAAGGGCUUAAAGCUAAAGUACUACUGUACCAUUACUGUACCAAAGGCUUGUGUGGCUAUAUAGAGCUUAAAGGGGACUAUGUACUGAUUGCUUCUCAGUUACACAUUUAAUUUAAAGAGAUUAACUAUUAUAGAAUGUCUGUUGAUGUGAAUAAUUUCCUCACAGUGCAACUUGGUACACACUAAUUUGUAUAAAGAGAUAUUUUAUAAGUGUUUGUGUAAAAGUAUCUUUUCUACUUUUGUCAGUAGAAUAAAAAAUUUAAAGUGCA